CAUCAUGGGCUUCCUGGUGCUGCAGCCCCCGGCGCAGUUCCUCAUUCCCCUCGCACUCGGGCUUCAGGCUUGGCGGAGCUCAGCGCUGGGGUGUUGGUGACAGCACUGAGGGGACCCCACUGCCCAUGGCGUCUGCUCUCACCGUCCUCCUCCUCGGCUGCUGGCUGGCUGGGCAGAGCAGGGUAUCGGGAGAGGGGUCCCUCCCCAAACCCUCCAUCUCCGUCAGCCCCGGUGGGGUGAUCCCCGUGCGGGGAAAUGUCACCAUCCGGUGUCGCCAUCAGCGCCUGGGCAUGAGGUUCCUCCUCUACAAGGAUGGAGAUGGGGACUAUCUGACUAACACAGACCCUGCUGGCUCUGAGGCUGAAUUUCCCAUCACCAGCGCCAGACGGGAGCACGGGGGCAACUACACCUGUCGUUAUACCUACAGAUCAGGAGGAACUGUCUACUCGGAGCCCAGCGACCCUGUGCAGAUCAUUGUAGCAGAGAAACCAGCUGAUGGGGAAGAAAGGGACCGAGCGCAUCACGGGCUUCCUGGGGCUGCAGCCCCCGGCGCAGUUCCUCAUUCUGCUCGCACUCGGGCCUCAGGCUCCGUGGAGUUCAGCACUGGGGUGUGGGUGGCAGCUCUGAGGGGCCCCCACUGCCCCAUCAUGGUGUCUGCUCUGACCGUCCUCCUCCUCAGCUGCUGGCUGGCCGGGCACAGUGGGGUGUGGGGAGCAGGGCGUGAAUACCACAAACCCACCAUCUGGGUGAGCCCCAGCAGGGUGGUGGCGCUCGGGGGAAGCGUCACCAUCCGCUGUGAGGGUUUGUACCCGGGCAUGGAGUUCAUCCUGCGUAAAGCUGGACACCCAAACCUGCAGGUGCGGACGGCGGGUGAUUGGACUGUGGCUGAAUUUCCCAUCCCCAGUGUCGGCCGGGAAGAUGGAGGGAGCUACAUCUGUGACUAUCGCUCCAUAACGGAUCAGAGUCGCUGGUCGUAUCUGAGCGACCCCGUCGAGAUCAUUGCAGCAGAUUUCUCCAACGCCAACAUCGCCCGCCUGGCGCUGGCCGCCGCGGUCCUGCUCGUCCUGGGGCUGAUCCUGGCUGAGGCCUAUCAGAGCCGCCCUAGGGGGGCGCCCUGGCUGAGGUGACCCCUUUGUCGCUCGCCUCUGGAUCCUUUUUCCAGUUUCUCCACCUCCUUUCUAUAGAGCGGUGACCAGAACUGGACACAGCGCUCCCGGCCUGCCCAGCGCCGAGCAAAGCGGUUCUCACUGCCCAGGACUUGCACACUGCACCUAUGUUAGUGCAGCCGAACGUUGUAUUUGCUUUUGUCUUGCAAUGGCAUCGUGUUGCUGACUCACAUUGAGGAUGCGAUGAUCCACCACAGCUCCCUGCUCUGUCUCAGCAUUGCUGCCGCCAACCCAGCUAGCUCCCAUCCUGUG